AUGGAUCUUUUUCCAGGAAGAAGUUGGCUGUUAUGGCUGGUUUCUCUCUAUUGCAUCUUGCAGGUGAGUAGUGCUCGAUUUGGUGUCUACAUUCCUGAACAUGGAGGGUAUCAAACUAGGAUUGAAUGUGAAAAUGUACAAGUGCGUAACAAUAACACAAACGCUUACGUUUCUUAUUAUGCUUUUGGAGAUGAAAAUCCAACGGCUACGACAUUUUUUAAUGCAAAGGAUUCGGAGUGUGCUUUGGGCUCCUUAGGAGAAACGGAAUCUCUUUCUGAACUAUUUUCGCAGUUUGAUGUAGACAGAUUUGAAACUUCGUUUUAUAUUUCUCCGGAGAAGCGACAUGAGUUGACUGGGGCAUUCAACUGCAACAAAAGUUCGGUGGUAAACAGUAUAGUUUCGCGCAAUACUAGUUACCAGAAUUUUAGGGUGAAGAUAAAUGACUCGGGUCUUUAUUGUACUGCUACGAGACCGUUGACAAGCUUGGGUUCUACUGCUGGUUCUUAUGUUUCCUACAGUGAUUAUGAUUUUACCGAGUAUCCCCCGUCUGAGCGGUCUUUCUGGGAUGACUUAGAUUUCACUCCAUUAAUUGCUACAGCUUUCUUAUUACUCCCAGCUUGUAUUUGGAUCUACGCACUCCUGUCCCAACCAGCAAAAGUACUGCCUAUUCAGUAUGGGUUAUUAGUACAUAUUGUUGCUAUAGCGAUUGGUAUCACUGUAGAUAUUUGUGACUCUAUGCUCUACAAUGAAUUCGAUUACCCAAUUGAAGUUUUUAUUCGUCGUCUACUCCUCUUACUUGCCUCUUUUGGUAUCGGGGUUUGGCGACCUGUUCAAUCCAAGCUCUUUUUCAUGAUUGCCGGUGUGUUCUCUUUCAUGCUUUCCUUCAGUAUUCUUUCUGCAGCGAUUGGUAUUGAACCUGUUGAAAUUCUUAAUGAAUGGCUAAAUAGCUCCGUUUCUAACGUUGUUUGGUUGUCCUCAAUUUUUGUACUUUAUAAGGAACAGGAUCAAUUAAAUACCAAAUCUGCAUGCUCUGCGAAGGUUUGUAAACGUUCCCUGAUUUACUGCAUUGCUGUUUUUAUUUUUUGUUCCUUGUCGUAUCCGGUAGACCGCUAUGGUGGCAGCAUUUUCCGUGAUUACGGUUUCGUGUAUUGGCUCCUUCGCUAUAUCGUUGAAAUCAUCAUUCCUUGCUAUAUUUGGUAUCCCUCCCAAAAUGAGCAACUUGCUUACACAGCAAGUGUGGAAAUCUAA